AUGGCGACAUACGAGACAGCCUUGGAUCGACACGUCACUGUGGGAGAUCAAACAUUUGCCUACCGGCUUUUUGGCAACGCCGGCCAGGGCGUCACUCUAGCACUGCUACAUGGUUUCCGGGGAACAAUGGAUCAUUGGGAUCCCAAACUUAUAAACGGUUUCGCAGCGACCCGCCGAGUUCUUCUUAUUGAGAACGUUGGUGUCGGCAGAUCAAGCGGCGAGGUUCCCAAAUCACUACCGGCGUGGGCGCAGCACUACAUCGACGUCUUCUUGGCGCUACACCUACGCCAAGUUGAUAUUCUGGGGUAUUCAAUGGGCGGGUGUGUUGCUCAGCUUGUCGCCCUCAAUGCUCCAGCUGGCUUAAUUCGACGCAUUGUCCUGUGUGGUACAACUCCCAGUUCUGGGGAUGGUGUUGUGAGGGCGCCGCUGGGGCCAUUCAACCAAAUCAAAGCAGCGCAAACCGAGAGUGAGCACAAGGAUGCCUUCCUGUCCAGCUUCUUCACAUCCUCAAAAGCUAGCCAAGCUGCAGGAUUAGCGGCAUGGAAUCGGAUGGUGAGUUCGCGCCCAGACCGAAUCGAUCAUGUCCCCGCCGAGGCUGCACAUCGACAGGCUGUCGCCUUUGCCAAGUUCAUGGAUCCCAAGCAGGCAUCUGAAGGGUCUUAUGACCGAUUUCGCCAGAUUCGACAACCCGUGUUGAUUGCAAACGGCAGUAAUGAUCUCUUAUUACCAACAGAAAACAGCAUCUUGAUGUGGAACAUGCUCAAGGACGAGGGUGCGCAGCUCCAUCUUUACCCAGAUUCCGGGCAUGCCUUCCUAUACCAGUACGCGGCGCAAUUCGCGAGAACGGUAAACGAUUUCUUGGAUGAACCGGCUCCUACGGCUAGUAAACUUUAA